AUGUCUUGCUCCGCAAGUAGUGUCAGCUCUAGUGUAGUUGUCAGUUCUAGUGUACAAACUAGCGUUAGUGUCGCGGCUAGCUCUUGUUCGGCUUUACCAACAUUUAUUCCUCCAACUUCUACGAACCCAUAUCCAUGUGGCAGUGAGGAAAAUAAAGUGCAGCAAAGUAGCUCUGUUGAAGAAAUUAGUGAGGCCACAUUAGACUCGAUAGAAGUUGAAGCGCAAUCUACUGCCUCUUUGGGUAAUACGGUUGAUACCAAGGAGGUUGGCACUGAUGGGGGUGAUAUUACCGAGGAGCCAAAGCCAGAGAUGCGUUUUGAGUCGGAUGAUGAGUUAAUGAAUUACUAUAAACAUUACGGAAAGGUGGCAAGGCAUGAAAUAGGGCAUCAAACGUCUCCAAGCCUCGGCCAACAAGCAAAACAGACUGCAAGAUGCAACAGAGAAGUUAAUGAGUUUGUUAGGAGAGUGUUGGAUAUAAAUGAUGAGACUGGCAUACGGAUGAAUAAGAGUUUCCAUGCUCUUGUCACUGAGGCGGGUAGGUUUGAGAACUUACCAUUUGGAGAAAAAGAUUGUCGUAAUUACAUUGACAAGACACGACACCUGCGCCUUGGUAAAGGUGGUGCUCAAGCGUUGUUUGAGUAUUUUAGAAUGAUGCAAUACAAGAAUGACGGCUUUUUCAGCCUCAUGGAAUUGGACGAUGAUGAUAGACUGAAAAGUGUGUUUUGGGCGGACGCCCAUAGUAGAGGGGCCUAA